AUGAUUUAUCAAUUUGUAUUCAGAGAUAUUACUGGCGCUUCUGUGGCGUUUUCUCAGUUCAGGGGGAAAGUACUGCUGAUCGUGAACACCGCCUCUGCUUGUGGACUCACUCCCCAGUACAAGGAGUUGGAGGAGCUCUACGAGAAGUACAAGUCGCAGGGAUUUGAGGUGAUUGCAUUUCCCUGCAACCAGUUUGCUCACCAAGAGCCUGGUUCUUCGGAGGACAUUCUUCGUUUUGUGAGAGAAAAGUAUGGUGUCACGUUCCCCGUGAUGGAAAAGAGCGACGUCAAUGGUCGCUCAACCAACGAGUUAUUCGAAUAUUUGAAGAAGUCAUGUCCUGGGUUUCUCGUAAAUAACGUGAAGUGGAACUUUACCAAGUUCCUAUCCGACCACCAAUCCUCUCUCUCUUGAGAAGGACAUUCUGGAAGAACUAUCCAAACCUGCCAUCUA